GAUUACAUAAACACAGAAGGAUCUGACGUGGCAUUUUAUUUUAGCAGGUUAUUUCACUUCAAUAUCUUUAAAAUUUCUGACGGGAAAUCAUAUAUGAUUACUCGCAGUGUUAGCUAGUAAACCACCUUCAUAAUAUGUAAAACUUAUUUAAGAUUACCAGGUCAGCAAAGGUGAUUACUUAGUAGGAUUAUACAAAUCUAUGGGGUUUUUUUUUAAUGUUUUUGUUUUUUAGCCACACACAUUGGGAAUAACUAGCUAAUUAGUAUUUGAUAUGCAAAGUCAUUAGUUUGGGACUAUACUAUUUCACUUCAGUAUAUGUUUACUACCAGGAGAUCUUUCUGAAGUUGAUAGCUAUCAUAAAAUAAUAUUCCAAUAACCAUGAUACUAAAUGAAAAUGUUCUCCAAAAUAAAGCAUCAAAUACAAAAAGAAUUAAAAAAGUUGUUAAAGGUACAAAAGUAAAGUUAGUAUGUACAUCACCAAUUGAAAAUGAAAAUGCCAAAUUCCGAUGGUUGAGGAAUGGAGCACUUAUACGAAAUUCAAGAGAUAUAAGCAAGAGAAAAAAAAGGUUCAAAAAAAAAAAAAGUAAAAAAGUUUUUCAAAGAUCAACUCUUCGGAUAAGGAAAGUUACAUCAGAGCACACUGGAACUUACACAUGUGCUAUCGACAUAAAAGGAAAAAAAUAUUUAAAGGAUUUUUUUUUAUUUGUUACACAACCAUCAGAAAAACAGUGUGAAGACCAACAUUAUUGUCUAAACAAAGGUGAAUGCUGGUACCGGUUACCUCCCUUAGAUGAGAAAUAUUGCAAGUGCCACAUAGACUACACUGGGCAACGCUGUGAAACUAUGCUUGGGGACACAGUUCAAGGUGUAAGAGGACAAUGCCACUACCUUACAAGUGCUGUCAUAGCUAUAGGAACUUUGCUGGCAUUUUUUACUUUAAUAAUGUCCAUUGCCUUGAUAUAUUUUCUGUGCAAAUGUUUCAAAAAUGGUCGAAGGAAAAGCAACUUGCCAUCUGAAUAUGGUAGUUUUAUUCAGGCCAGUUCCAAGGGGGAUACAUACUGUCAUAUUCCUUCUGAUGACUUUACCCAACCUGAUCUAUAUUUAUCAUCAUUGGUACGGAUAAAUUUGAUAUUGUUUGCCUCACAUGUUGUCGGUAUAAAACCUUUCCUACAUAGAGGAACGAAAACAACUGAUGAAUGUUAUACGAAUAAUAUCCAAGAGAGUACAUUCAGUGAGGUACCGUCAGUGAGCUACAAUGAAAGAUGCAUUCCAAAUGGGAAUACCAAACUUAUGCAGAGCUUCUCAUCUAACAAGUUGCCAAAAGAAAGAGUAAAUGACACCCAGAAUGGUGUAUUAAAGCUUCCUAAACGGCACCGUUUAUCUGCUGUGUCUUCUGCUACUCAGCUUACAGAUAAAGAAACUCUUUCCAAUGGUCUAGAUAUUGCUUUACCUGAAACUCAAGUGAUAUAUGCUGAACCAAACCACAGUCAACCAAAUCCUCCUGUUGAAGGAUGUAACCAUAAUUUGAAUAAGAAUUUGCCUUGUGAUAGUCAUUUGAAAUGUGAUGGGCUUCUUGAAACUGACACUUUUAAUAAUGAUGAGCAUUCUUUAACUUCAAUGCUCUCAAGUUCCAACCAUUCUUCCAGUGACAGUGAGGAUAGCUAUAAUAUUACGCUCCACAUAAGUGAAGAAGAUUUGAUUGUAAAAGAUCCUGCUGAGCAAAAGCCUUCUUCUUCUGGUAAAAUCAGCCCAAAGGUAAUGUAUUCUCACAGCAAGGUUCCUAAACCAGACCACUACUCUAUACCUGUCUCUGAGAGACAAAUGGAAAAUCCACUCCCUAAUAAAUCUAGCACCCAAAAUGGACAAGCGUUAAUCCCUGCUGUUGGCAAAUCUGCUUCACAAUUGCUAAUAAAUGGAUUUCAGACAUCUGUUGAUAGUUGUGGUGGUGAAGUUACCCGUGAUAAGAGCUUACCAAAUUUUGCAUUUUAAAAUAAUUCUUUUCAUUACACAAUGUCAGUUAUAGCUAUUCAUUCUAGGAGCAAAAACUAUCUGAGGAACAAUAAUGGAUAAAAAAAAAAAAGAAA